AUGAGGCUCAGCUCGUCCCUCUACAUCCGUAAGCUGCUGGCCUCGAUCCAUUCUCCAAUAUCGCCUCAGUCGCCCCGCGAGUCGAAGCAGCUCCUCAAUGUCCUCGAAUCCGCCUUCCAACGACGUCUAGAUGAGAAGCAUCCUUCUCCCAAAGCCGGCCACGACGCUCACCAUGCCUCCGAGUCAAUCCCUGAUCCCGCACAAAGGGUGACCCAUUCCACCCACUCUCAUCUGGAUACCAUUCUUGGUCAUCCUCUCUUCAAGCAACAGUCUCUUACAUUUCUCCAAACCCGCGGCCUGGCUGCGACAGCAGUGAAGACCUUUGACAACGCCCUGCUGAAUAAGGCUCUUGAUUCGUACCUCGUGCAGUCAUGCGCCCUACAAUAUCUUCAAGGCCGCGAGAAACGAGGCAGUCUACCAAACAACGACGAAGGGUUGGCCCCGAGACUGGCUCGGUGGUUCAAUGCUAUGUCGGCUCCGGAAAAAGAAGACCUCCUGCUCAACUCGAAGUACAUGGAACCCCUCGUGUCUGUCAUGUAUAUUGAUGGCUACGAACGGGAAGUGUGGCAGUGGCUGCAUGUUCUAUACGAAUGUUCUUUCAACAACUUCACCUCCGUCCCUGGCGACGGAUCUGCUCUAGAUGCCAUGGCUUAUCUUCGAGCGGAGGACCGUCUUGUGUCUCUCAUGAUCAAGGAAACCGCUCGCCGGAGUCGGCUGCAAGAGGCAGCUCAACUCUACACACAAGCCUAUGAAUACCGUUUGAAGUCUGCCUUGUCGAGAGGGAAACCCGCUCCCGAACCACUUCAGCACUCCUGGCGUCAGGUGGCCGGAGCAAUCCUGUUACAAAACAAAUUGAGCCGAAAACGCGUCCCUGCUCUACUCUACAACUUGUUGUUAAAAUCUGGCCUCCCGAUCGAAAUUUCCCCCUUCGACCCUGCCAUUCUCCAGAUCUAUCAUCCAGACUCUCCCUCAGCAAAGGGAUUGUAUCAGAAGCUGAGAAAUUCUUCCUUUGUCGACGAACUCGCUAAGUGGCAGAAAAGCCCAAACAAGGUGGUGCGGAAGAUAUUGUUGGGGUCCGUCCUUGAUGCCGCCGAACUAUCUCUAGCCCAAGGUCAUGACCAUGAAGCCCGGGAAUUCCUCCAGUUCGCAGAAAGGACGUAUCCGGACUUCUUGCGGCCUCACGAGGAAGAGACUGAUACGGCCGAGAGACUGCAAUUGGCGCGACAAGAGAUGCUUGUUAAGAAAGAAUUCCGGUCGUCUGGGUUUGCAACAGCCCCUGCAUUGCAGGCAUUAGUGUGA